GGCCCGGCCCUCUAGGUGGCCCACACCUGCGGGCCGGCCAGCCUCUUCCGGGUCAGGUGACCGCGCGCGGCCACGUGACCCGCGCCGAGUGCGGGCGGUGCAAGGCGGAAGUGGCCGAGGAGUUGGCGCCGCCGGUGUGGCCGCGGCAGGUUCCUGGUGAUGACAUGGCGUCCGCCAGCGCCAGCCGGGCAGGAGCGGCCCCGCCCUUCGAGAAGUCGCAGCUCACGCUGAAAGUGGUGUCCGCCAAGCCCAAGGUGCACAGCCGGCAGCCGCGCAUCAACUCGUUCGUGGAGGUGGCGGUGGACGGCCUGCCCAGCGAGACCAAGAAGACGGGCAAGCGCAUCGGGAGCUCGGAGCUGCUGUGGAACGAGAUCAUCGUUCUGAAUGUCACGGCCCAGAGUCACUUGGAUCUGAAGGUCUGGAGCUGCCACACCCUGAGAAAUGAGCUGCUGGGCACCGCCUCCGUCAGCCUCUCCAGCGUCCUGAAGAACAACGGGGGCAGAAUGGAGAACACGCAGCUGACCCUGAACCUACAGACAGAGAACAAGGCGGGCGGCGUCUCGGGCGGCGAGCUGACCAUUUUCCUGGACGGGCCGACUGUUGAUCUGGGAAGCGUGCCUAACGGCAGUGCCGUGGCCGACGGGUCUCAGCCGCCCUCGAGAGACGCCGGUGGCACCGCGGUGGCUCCUGACACUCGGCAUCAAGCCCCCAGCACAAACUGCUUUGGUGGCAGAUCCCGGACGCACAGGCACUCGGGGAGCUCCGCCAGAACCACCGCCACAGCCGGUGAGCAGAGCCCUGCCGGGAGCAGCCGACACCGCCAGCCCGUCAAGAACCCGAGUCACAGCAGCUUGGCCAAUGUCACAGUGAACGAUGACCCUGUGGCCGUCACCGAUCCCGAAGAUGCCUCCGUGGUCGUCGUUGGUGUGACGUCCCCGCCCGCUGCCGUGGCCAGCGUGACGGCGAACCCCGCCAUCGCGUCUCUCCCAGGCCCUGCUGCGCCGGCCGAAGGAGAGGAGCCCAGCACCUCGGGCGCACCGCAGCUGCCCGCUUCCGUCCCUGCCCUCGACGUUCUGCCCGCGGGAUGGGAGCAGCGAGAACUGCCCAACGGGCGUGUCUAUUACGUGGACCACAACACCAAGACCACCACCUGGGAGCGGCCUCUGCCGCCAGGCUGGGAGAAGCGCACCGACCCCCGCGGCCGCUUCUACUAUGUGGAUCACAACACGCGGACCACCACCUGGCAGCGGCCCACGGCCGAGUACGUGCGCAACUACGAGCAGUGGCAGUCGCAGCGGAGCCAGCUGCAGGGCGCCAUGCAGCACUUCAGCCAAAGAUUCCUCUACCAGUCUUCCAAUGUGUCCGUCGACCAGGACCCGCUGGGCCCCCUCCCUCCUGGCUGGGAGAAGAGACAGGACAACGGACGGGUGUAUUACGUGAACCACAACACACGCACGACCCAGUGGGAGGAUCCCCGCACCCAGGGGAUGAUCCAGGAGCCCGCGCUGCCCCCGGGCUGGGAGAUGAAGUACACCAGCGAGGGGGUGCGCUACUUCGUGGACCACAACACGCGCACCACCACCUUCAAGGACCCCCGGCCGGGCUUCGAGUCCGGGGCGAAGCAAGGGUCGCCUGGCGCCUAUGACCGCAGCUUCCGGUGGAAGUACCACCAGUUCCGUUUCCUCUGCCACUCCAACGCCCUCCCCAGCCACGUGAAGGUCAGCGUGUCCAGACAGACACUCUUUGAGGACUCUUUCCAGCAGAUCAUGAACAUGAAGCCCUAUGACCUGCGUCGCCGGCUCUACAUCAUCAUGCGUGGCGAGGAGGGCCUGGACUACGGGGGCAUCGCCAGGGAGUGGUUCUUCCUCCUGUCCCACGAGGUGCUCAACCCCAUGUACUGUCUGUUCGAGUACGCCGGGAAGAACAACUACUGCCUGCAGAUCAACCCCGCCUCCUCCAUCAACCCCGACCACCUCACCUACUUCCGCUUCAUCGGCAGGUUCAUUGCCAUGGCCCUGUACCACGGCAAGUUCAUCGACACGGGCUUCACGCUGCCCUUCUACAAGCGCAUGCUCAACAAGCGGCCCACCCUCAAGGACCUGGAGUCCAUCGACCCCGAGUUCUACAACUCCAUCGUCUGGAUCAAAGAGAACAACCUGGAGGAGUGCGGCCUGGAGCUCUACUUCAUCCAGGACAUGGAGACGCUGGGCAAGGUGACCACCCAUGAGCUGAAGGAAGGCGGGGAGAACAUCCGGGUGACGGAGGAGAACAAGGAGGAGUACAUCAUGCUGCUGACUGACUGGCGCUUCACCCGGGGAGUGGAGGAGCAGACCAAGGCCUUCCUGGACGGCUUCAACGAGGUGGCGCCCCUGGAGUGGCUGCGCUACUUCGAUGAGAAGGAGCUGGAGCUGAUGCUAUGCGGCAUGCAGGAGAUCGACAUGAGCGACUGGCAGCGCAACACGGUGUACCGGCACUACACCAAGAGCAGCAAGCAGGUGCAGUGGUUCUGGCAGGUGGUGAAGGAGAUGGACAAUGAGAAGCGGAUCCGGCUGCUGCAGUUCGUCACCGGGACCUGCCGCCUGCCCGUCGGCGGCUUCGCCGAGCUCAUUGGCAGCAACGGACCCCAGAAGUUCUGCAUCGACAAGGUGGGCAAGGAGGCCUGGCUGCCACGGAGCCACACCUGCUUCAACCGCCUGGACCUCCCGCCGUACAAGAGCUACGAGCAGCUGAAGGAGAAGCUUCUCUACGCCAUCGAGGAGACGGAGGGCUUUGGGCAGGAGUAGCGCCCCCACCCCCCGCACAGCCCUGAGCCUGGUGGCCCUGUGUGUGGGACCACACUGUCCCCCGCUGGCGGCAGGAGGGCCUGCCCGACCCGCCAUCCUCCCUGCUGGUGGCAGUCUGGAAUAAAGCCCCCCUGGCCGCCUUUGGCCAUCACGUCGCAGAGUCUGGGGGCCAGCCCCUCUCUGCCAUGCCCCCUUCCGUGUCCCUCGAGGGCGGGCGGGCCAGGAUCCAGCCAAGCCAGGGCAUCCGGCUCCUUAGCCCAGGAGGCGGCCACCAGGAGGGGGCGCUGCCCCGUGCCGCGGGCCGGGGUCUUCGCCAGUACACGUAGCUGUUUGCAGUGGAGAUGGGGGGUGGCUGCCCCACGUCCGCCAAGGGCCGCCAGGCACUGACACGGUGACCCUGCUCUGGGCGUCCAGGGGACAGAGCUGGCAGACCCUGCCCCUGCCCAUUAGACACAGACUUGCCUUUGGGGUUGCUCCCGGUUCUGUGGUUGGCGUGCUGCUGGCGCCCCCCUCCAGGAGCCCCUGGACGUUGCCCGGACAGCCGCUCCUCUUCGGCGGCAGCCGAGCAGUGCUGUGAGCUCAGGCUGGUCUGCGAGGGGGGCUCAGCUUCCCCGUGUCCGAGGGCCAGGGGAGGGCUUGGGACCCCCGAGGCCAUAGAUCCUGGCACCUCCCUGGGACAGGCGCUCCCUUUGCUGGAUGGCGCUGCCAGGAAUGAAGUGUAUCCGGGUACCCUUGGCUUCCUGCCUUGGCCUGAUUGCCUGGGCUCGAGCCGAGCCGAGGGGUUGUUGAGACCAUCUAGGUGACCACCCGCACCCCUGGGUGGCUAGAGUGUGGGGGCAGUCUGAGGGGGACAGUGAGCACCUUCCACUGCAGGCUAGCGAGAGCAGCCCGGCACCCCGCUGUUUUGUGGGGCCGUCCCGUCCCCAACGCCAGGGUCCCGGGAGGUCCAGCCCGUGGUGGUCACUUGCCCACCGCCUGCAGCGUCUGCCCGGGGUAGGAGCAGGGCUCGGGAGUGCGUGUCUGUGUGUGCGCGUGUGCAUCCGUGUCUGUCUGAGGUGUCUGUCGGGAAUGCCCUUCGCUAGCUCUCGGUUGGUCUCCAGGCUGUUUGUGACGCCUGCCCCCUUGCCUCUCCGUAUUGCCAGUUUCUCGUGCAAUAAACAGUCAGCAGCGG